UUGAUAUAUUUUUUCUGUUCAAAAUCUCUAAAAUGAGAGCUUCAAACCAUGGCUUCCCCCUCUUCUCUUUACUUUUUUUCAGUGUUUUUCUUGCUCUUCAGGUCUCCAAUGGCGCUCUCAUAAAAAACUUCUAUUGGCGAAGCUGCCCCCAAGCUGAGCCAAUCAUCAAAGACGUCACCUUUCGACUUGCUCGGUCAAAUCCCGCUCUCGGCGCUCAACUUUUGAGACUUCAGUUCCAUGACUGCUUUGUUCGGGGAUGCGAUGGAUCGAUUCUAUUGAAUACGGUGGGAGGAAACCAAUCGGAGAAGGAGGCGAGACCGAACCAAUCACUUUUUGGGUUUGAGGCGAUUGACGAGAUCAAGUCGGAGGUUGAGAAGGCUUGCCCGGGAGUUGUAUCUUGUGCCGACAUUCUUACCCUUGCUGCUCGCGAUGCUGUUUCCUUUCCCUUCAAAAAUCAGCCACGGUGGCCCGUCCUCACCGGAAGAAGAGAUGGAAGGAUCUCGCAAUCAUCGGAAGUCGCCGGAAAUAUUCCGUCGCCGUUCUCCGACUUCGCCACUCUUAAGCAAAUCUUCGAGAAGAAAGGCCUUACCGCGAACGAUCUGGUGAUAUUAUCUGGUGGUCACACGAUUGGGGUUGCUCACUGCGGCACAUUCUCUAGGAGGUUGUACAACUUUACUGGCAAGGGAGAUGCUGACCCGUUGUUAGAUCCAAAAUACGCUGACAUGCUUAGACGACAAUGCCCGAACCCGGCCAACACGUCGAUUACGGUGGAAAUGGAUCCACGGAGUUCUCACUCGUUCGAUAGUAAAUAUUUCAAAAUUCUCACUCAGAAAAAAGGUUUGUUUCAGUCUGACGCUGCACUGCUAACCGACGUCGUUUCGUCUCGCCUUGUCGGACAAUUGAGGAAUCCCCUAGUUUUCUCCUUUAGAUUUGCUGACUCCAUGUUGAAGAUGUCUGCCAUUGAAGUUCUCACUGGAACUAAUGGUGAAAUCAGGAAACAUUGUCGUUUUGUCAAUUGAUCAUUAUAUGUAUUUGUGUUAUUGAAGGAAGCUAUCUAUGAAAUUCAUAUUAGUAUGUAUGUAUGCCAAUCGCCAAGGUUGGUUAAUCUUAUGAUAUUAUA